CGCCACCACCUCCCCGCUCUGUGACAUAAAUGACCUGUAUAUAUUGGAGACAUUCUCUGGGGUCUUUCGCACUGAAGCUUUUUUCCCCGUUUUUUUUUCUCUUCUUUCACUUUCAGCAGACGUCUUUGUACGACAGACCAUGCAGGAAAAGGUUGCCUACCCAAACCAACCCAACGGUCACGCCAAUGGGGACGUUUUCAGCUCCCAGGACAAGAAAGCGUUGGAGGCCAACGGACUAUUGGGCAGCGCCCUUGAGAAGUCACUGGAAGCAAAUGGACACCUUAUCAGCAUCCAGGACAAGAAAGCUGCUGAGGCCAACGGCGACGCCGGGGUGCACAAGAGGGUCAGCAUUUUCAUGGGAGAUGUCGAGAUAGAGGAAGAUGAUCCAUGGGCGUUGCCAGAGUUGAAGGAUGAUACGGCGAAAUGGAAAGACCUGGACACUAAGGGCAAGAUCAAGCGUGUCACGUGGCUAGUUACCAGGUUCGUUGUUCUCAUCGGCCUGAUGUACAUGUUCAUCUGCUCACUGGACUUUCUAGGAUCUGCUUUUCAGCUUCUUGGUGGCAAAGCCGCAGGCCAGGCAAUGAGCAGCUCUGUGCUGCUGAGUAACCCUGUCGCUGGAUUGAUGGUCGGGGUUCUGGCGACGGUGCUGGUUCAAAGCUCCUCCACGUCCACUUCCAUCAUCGUCUCCAUGGUGUCAGCUGAUAUUCUACAGGUCAAACUGGCCAUCCCGAUAGCCAUGGGCUGUAACAUCGGAACGACGGUCACCAACACGCUUGUCUCCCUUGGACAGCUCAAUGUGAAGAGCGACUUCAGGAGGGCGUUUGCUGCCGCCACCGUUCACGACAUGUUCAACUGGCUGUGCGUCCUAGUGUUGCUGCCCCUGGAGGUGGCCUCGGACUACCUCUUCCUGCUUACUGAGGCCAUCACUAGUGAACUUGCUCACAAUCGCUCAGACACUGCCUCCAACACCAACCCUAAGAUGUUGAAGGCUAUCACCGAACCAUUUACAUCAAAGAUCAUUCAGCUCUCUUCUAGUAAGAUCAGAGCCAUAGCUAGAGGUGAAGACGUCAACGGAAGUAUUAUUGUCUCGGGAGAUCAUUUGUUCAACAAUUGGACAGGCUCUGACUCCAUAGCAGGAGUUAUACUUCUAGUUGUAUCCCUUAUCAUAUUGUGUGUUUGCCUCGUACUGGUUGUCAAGAUUCUGAGUUCUUUGCUUCGCGGUGCUAUUGCUAAAGUAUUGCAGAGAGUUGUUAAUGCAGAUUUUCCUGGUCCGUUCAAGUAUGUGACUGGAUAUUUUGUCAUUCUCGUGGGUGCUGGAUUGACCAUUAUCGUGCAGAGCAGCUCCAUUUUUACUUCCGCAUUAACACCACUAGUUGGAGUUGGCGCUAUCCACCUUGACAGGAUGUACCCCUUGACCAUAGGUUCGAACAUCGGCACGACCAUCACUGGAAUCCUUGCUGCCCUGACAUCCUCCCAGUCGACCUUCAGAGAGUCCCUGCAGAUCGCGCUCUGUCACUUGUUUUUCAAUGUGUCCGGGGUCAUCUUAUUGUACGUGGUCCCGGUGACCCGGAAGCUGCCUCUUAACCUGGCCAAGUUCCUAGGACAGACAGUACACCAGUACCGUUGGUUUGCUGUGGUUUACCUGAUCAUUGUCUUCUUUCUCUUUCCGUUGGCCAUCUUUGGUCUGUCUGUUGCCGGUUGGGAGGUUCUGGUCGGAGUCGGAGCCCCAGUCGUUCUACUUUUAAUCUUCGUCAUCGUGGUGAACAUCUUGCAGAAGAAAGCCCAGCACUGCCUGCCGAAGAGGCUUCAAAAUUGGGAGACAUCGGGAAUCCCCGAACCUCUGAGGUCACUUCGUCCCUACGACAAAAUCUUCGUGAAACUCUCUGCCUGCUGUCAAGUCUGCUCAAAGAAGGAAGCCGAAAAAGAGGCCAAUGAAAAAGAGGCGGCGGUGGGCAACGGUCACUGCAAUGACGGUUUUGAAGGUGACCUCAAUGGCUCCAUGACCAGUGAAGAAUUUAAAAUCACAAAUAGUAGGACGGAAUUGACCAAAUUUUAAAACAAGCGAUUGAAUUGACAUUUUAAGAAAACAAAAUAUUGGUCUUGUCGUGCCAGUCGGCGUGUGUAUUUGAAGCUGUUAAUAUAUCUGUCGAUUAUGUCUGUCUGUCUGUCUGUCUCUAUCUAUCUAUCUAUCUAUCUAUCUAUCUAUCUAUCUAUCUAUCUAUCUAUCUAUCUAUCUAUCUAUAAUUCUUUCUUUGUACUUGUCUAUCUGUCUUUCUAUCACUCAAGCCCUCUUUGUGAUCCCUCAAACUCUGUACAUCAUUUAUUCAUCCCUAUUUCGAUCCAUUGAACUAUCUCUCCAUCCAUGUAGGAAAUCAACUAAACUAAAUGUCUAACCAUUUUUUUAUAAUCAAAAACUCCGCACAUAAAAACUACCUAUUAUAAUGUUUAUCUAAAAUAUAAAAGAUAAGAUAAAAAUAUAAAAAAAAAACAAAGUCAAUGAACCCUGGUUUUUCUUUCUCUUAAAAAUAUGACAAUUCACCCUGGUCCUUCAGCUUUUCACUUAUAAAUAAAUGGCUGUGUAUCGAUACUAUUCUCAACGUAUUUUUUUUUCUUUUUCAAAAAGUAGCCCUCAAAAUGUGACUCUGUAUCCACCAC